CAGGACAAAAUGACACUGGUCAACAACUCAACAUGGAGAACAAGAUAAAAAUGGGACCAAUCAACAUAAUUCUGAAAUCUCAUAAAUUCUUUUGUCCAUCACACAUCUAGAAUUUGAUAAGGAACAUUAUUACAAAAUCACUUUUUGAAGAUGAUAACUUCAAGCCUCCUCUUGAUCACUUAGCCUCCAAACUUAAAACUACAGGCACCCACUUUUUCCUUCUGAUAUCUUUAAUUUUCCCAAACAAAUAUAUUACUUAGCAAAGCCCACAAUUUUACAUCUUUUUUUUUAAAAAAAACCACAUACUUGGUCAACCACACCAAUUUUUCUUGGAUCUUGCAACCAAACUUUGGGUUUUUGUCGUACCCAAAGCCUUAAUUUGUUGAAUAGAUUUCUGGGUUUUUGGUUCUGAAAACCCCAAGAAAAUUGAUUCAACUAAAACAUUUUUGGGGUUCUUGAACUGUUUUUCUUGAUAAAAUAUUUAUGGGUUAUUAAUGAUUAGUUCCAAGAUCUGAUUUUUAAUCAAGAAUUCCAAUUUUCUUGUUUGUUUGAUUAAGUUUGCAGUUGUGGGGAGCUAUGAAUUUCAGAAGCAUGGAGGAGUUUUGGCCUUACUACAUGAAUCAUCACUCAAAACCAGCAACAAGGCGUUGGCAUUUUGCUGUUCUUGGAUAUGGCUUGGCUUGGUAUAGUCAUUUUUUUGUUGAAGGAAAUGUUCCUGCAACAUUUAGACACCCUUUUUGGUCUUUGUUAUGUGAUUUCAAGAUGUUUGGUUUAAUGCUCACUGGUCAAAUGGAUAGAGAAAUCAAAAGGCUUGGGAAAAGGCCUGUUUUACAGGUCUAUUAAUGCUUUAGUAAGCUCUCUUGUCUUUUUUCUGUUGGAUAUACUUGUAAUUGGAUCAAAUUCACAUACUGAUUUUGGAUUGUCUAGAUUUGUAUAUAAAUCUACUGUUUUUUGUUAACUUUGCAAUGGAACAUGUUUUUUGCUAUAC